AUGCCUUCCCUCCUGCAGAACGCAUCUUCAAAUGCAUUUGACUCAUCAAUUCUGACCCUUCAGGCCACUUUCUCCAGUGGCAUGACCUUGUUGACUACGGCUUCCACUGCCAACAACUUCCUCAGAGCUACAGAUGGCCCGUUUGCAGAGUUGAAAGAGCUUGUUGCACAACAUACUUCCAUCAAAGACAGGCCACAAUUCCAACCACUUGUCCCCCCUGAUCAAAUUGUGAAGGGAAUUGUGCAGAAAAUAUGGGGUCAUCCAUCUAUUGAGACAGUCGGAGAUAUUGGCGAUAUACUGGAGAAGGGACUCGUUACGGAUGAUUUGAGCCUCAAAGUUUUUUUAGAAGUUUGCAUUGCCGGUUACGCACAGAAAAAGGGGAAGUCCCCCCAAGAAGUCAUGAAGAGUCAAGAAGCAGCAUGCCUGCAUAAAUUACAGCAACAGGAUAUCGAUAGGAAGUGCCCUGACCAGGCAGAAGAAGCAAAAGCGUUCUAUGAUAAAAUUCUGGUACAUUGCGGGGACCUUGUUUUAUCAAAGGAUGAGCGGGAGGCUCAACCAAAUGAAGGCCUUUAUCUGUUGCAGAAAAUAACGGGAAAAUAUGCUGCUCAGGUAUACUUCAUUCAUCCUGUUGGGGUGGCAUUAGUGGGGUUCAUAGCAGAUGACAAGCUUGCCCCUCGGGAUUCGACUAUCGCAUUUACGAGCUCACCAAUGAUUGUGGAAAUGGUCAAAGCUAUGGGCCUACCCCUCACAGAGGAUAGUGCCUUAGCCAUGAGGAACUUCUAUGAUGGGAUAAAGGCAUUCAGCCCAUAUCAACCUGAUGCCAUUAAACAGAGAACCUUUCUUCAACAUCUUGGGGCGUUUACGAACCCCGAUAAAUCUACCAGUGAGGUGUUUGGUGCCUCAAGCCUCAUGAAGACCGUCGUGAUGCACAUGAAGCAAAGUGUCCAUUUCAGCGAUGAUCUGGACAGGUAUUUGGGAAAUAGAACGGGAAACAUGGCCAUCAAAUCAGAGGUUGAGGGCAAUGCGAACGACAUGGAUUACCACACACCCGCAUUAAAAAGGAAGGAAGGCCUCACCUUUGCAGACAAGACCUACAGCUCGCAUCCCCAACGCUGCACUGAGUUGGAGGCAACAGGGAUAACUGAGCUUGGACACAACUGGAGAGUCGCCAACAUACUUUCAUUCAUGCUUGAGCAUCGUCUCCAUUUUGUUGGUUGGCAUCGUGGUGUCCCACGCUUGAACAAAUCACUACUGUGCGAUUGGACCCCAUCUCACUCACCAGGAUCCGGAGCAGACGUUGAGGGUGGAACAAAUGACAGCUGCACGCCAAACUCCCCAACUGUGGAGAUGGAAGGAGAUUCGCGACACAAGAAGUCCAAAGCCACUCGUGCAUGCACCCUCACGAAGGCAAAACCUCCCCAUGUGACACCUGGGGGCCACAACCAAAUGAAAGAAGCUGUGGUACCAGAGAACGAGGUGAAAGGUCCACAGGACGAUGGCAUCGUACCUGAGACACCACCUUGCAACUCACCUGAACCGGGCGGGUCUUCAUCAUCAUCAGUAAAGUUAGAGGCAAUAAACCUGACAACGUUCCCAUCGGGUGUAUGCUCAGGCUUCCAGCAAGGACAUGGGCCGCAACUCCCUGCUGACCCAGAAAACGAUGUCUUUGUUGGAGAAAGGGAUCAAGUGAUCUCCCAAACCAUCAGGGAAGGGUCACCUGGUUUACCUCAUUUGGAUAUCACGGAGUCCAACAUCCUGGGCACUGUCGGAGGCACCGUCAUCCGUAUCAAGCCUAAGUGGUGUGCACAAAACUCAGGGUGGCGGGCUGCAUCGAAAAUGUUGCCAGUGGUUCAUUUGAAGGCGCUAAUGGAAGAAAAUGUUGAACUCCUAGUCAACAUCGACAUCAUUGCCCUGCAUGUUACCGAGAAGGAGCCACCUCCUGAAGUCUUAGAUGUCGCUCAACACUGGAGAAUGAUUAGCACUGUUGGAAACGAGCUUUGUGACAGGGGGGCUGAUGUAGGAAAGGUUGCCAGGAGGGUGGUCCAACUGCUUGACGAGUUGGAAGUGAAUGAUGAUGAGGAUGUGAUAGCUACAUGGAUACAGAUGUUGCCCAGUUGA